AUGGACCUUGAGGCGGGAAAGAACGGAACAGCCCGGAGCCCCUGGAGCGCGGAGGACAGCUUUGAACUGGGCGCCCGCAGAAACCAAGACAAGAAAAAAAUGAAGAAAGUAAAUUUAAUUGGACCAUUAGCAUUGUUUCGCUACUCUGAUUGGCAGGAUAAAUUAUUUAUGUCCCUGGGCACCAUCAUGGCCAUAGCUCAUGGGUCAGGUCUUCCCCUCAUGAUGAUAGUGUUUGGAGAAAUGACUGAUAGCUUUGUUAAUACUGCAGGAAACUUCUCCUUUCCAGUGAAUUUUUCAUUGCUGCUGAUAAAUCCAGGCAGGAUUCUGGAAGAAGAAAUGACUAGAUACGCCUAUUACUACUCAGGUUUAGGUGCUGGCGUUCUUGUUGCUGCCUACAUUCAAGUUUCAUUUUGGACGUUAGCAGCUGGCCGACAGAUUCGAAAAAUUAGGCACAAAUUUUUUCAUGCUAUUCUACGACAAGAAAUAGGCUGGUUUGAUAAAAAUGACAUCACAGAACUCAACACUCGGCUGACAGAUGACAUCUCCAAAAUCAGUGAAGGAAUUGGUGACAAGGUUGGAAUGUUCUUUCAAGCAGUAGCCACGUUUUUUGCAGGAUUCAUAGUGGGGUUCAUCAGAGGUUGGAAGCUCACUCUUGUGAUAAUGGCCAUCAGCCCUAUCCUGGGACUCUCAGCAGCUGUUUGGGCAAAGAUACUCUCGGCCUUUACAGACAAAGAACUAGCCGCAUAUGCAAAGGCAGGUGCUGUAGCGGAAGAGGCUCUCGGGGCAAUCAGAACUGUGAUCGCUUUUGGGGGACAGAACAAGGAGCUGCAAAGGUAUCAGAAGCAUUUAGAAAAUGCUAAAAAGAUUGGAAUUAAAAAAGCUAUUUCUGCAAACAUCUCAAUGGGAAUUGCCUUCCUGUUAAUAUAUGCAUCAUAUGCACUUGCCUUCUGGUAUGGAUCCACUCUGGUGAUAUCCAAAGAAUAUACUAUUGGAAAUGCAAUGACAGUCUUUUUUUCCAUACUAAUUGGAGCUUUCAGUGUUGGCCAGGCCGCCCCAUGUAUUGAUGCUUUUGCCAAUGCUAGAGGAGCAGCAUAUGUGAUCUUUGAUGUUAUUGAUAAUAAUCCUAAAAUUGACAGUUUUUCAGAGAGAGGACACAAACCAGACACCAUCAAAGUGAAUCUGGAGUUCUGUGAUGUUCAUUUUUCUUAUCCAUCUCGAGCUAAUGUCCAGAUCUUGAAGGGCCUCAACCUGAAGGUUCAGAGUGGGCAGACGGUGGCCCUGGUUGGAAACAGUGGCUGUGGGAAAAGUACCACCGUCCAGCUGAUACAGAGGCUCUAUGACCCUGAUGAGGGUACGAUUAACAUCAAUGGGCAAGAUAUUAGGACUUUCAAUGUGCGCUAUCUGAGGGAAAUCAUUGGAGUGGUGAGUCAGGAGCCAGUGCUGUUUUCUACCACAAUUGCUGAGAACAUCCGCUAUGGCCGUGAAAAUGUAACCAUGGAGGAGAUAAAGAAAGCCGUAAGAGAAGCCAAUGCCUAUGACUUCAUCAUGAAACUUCCACAGAAAUUUGACACUCUGGUUGGGGACAGAGGGGCCCAGUUGAGUGGUGGGCAGAAACAGCGAAUCGCCAUUGCAAGAGCUCUGGUUCGAAAUCCUAAAAUCCUCCUCCUGGAUGAGGCCACAUCAGCCUUGGACACUGAGAGUGAAGCUGAGGUGCAGGCAGCACUGGAUAAGGCCAGAGAAGGCCGGACCACCAUUGUGAUAGCACACCGACUGUCCACGGUCCGAAAUGCUGAUGUCAUUGCUGGGAUCGAGGAUGGAGUUGUUGUGGAGCAAGGCAGCCACAGUGAGCUGAUGAAGAAGGAAGGGGUGUACUUCAAGCUUGUUACCAUGCAGACUUCAGGAAAUGAAAUCCAGUCAGAAGAGUUGGACAUAGAUCUAAAUGAUGAAAAUGCUGCAACUGGUAUGGCCCCAAAUGGGUGGAAAGCUCGCUUAUGCAGGAACUCUACUCAUAAAAGCCUUAGAAAUUCUCGAAAGCGUCAGAGUAACUUCGAUGAGGAAACCAAUGAACUUGAUGCAAAUGUUCCACCAGUGUCUUUUCUGAAAGUUCUAAGACUGAAUAAAACAGAGUGGCCUUACUUUGUAGUGGGGACUGUUUGUGCCAUUGCCAAUGGGGCCCUUCAGCCAGCAUUUUCACUCAUCUUCUCAGAAAUGAUAGAGAUAUUUGGACCGGGGGAUGAUGAAGUGAAGCAGCAAAAGUGCAACAUGUUCUCCUUGCUUUUUUUAGGUCUGGGAAUUAUUUCUUUUUUCACUUUCUUCCUUCAGGGUUUCACAUUUGGGAAAGCUGGAGAGAUCCUUACCACAAGGCUUCGGUCGAUGGCUUUUAAAGCAAUGCUAAGACAGGACAUGAGCUGGUUUGAUGACCAUAAAAACAGUACUGGUGCACUUUCUACAAGACUUGCGACAGAUGCCUCUCAAGUCCAAGGAGCCACGGGGACCAGGUUGGCAUUAAUUGCACAGAAUACAGCCAAUCUUGGAACUGGUAUCAUCAUAUCAUUUAUUUACGGUUGGCAGUUAACCCUUUUGUUGUUAUCGGUUGUUCCAAUUAUUGCUGUAUCAGGAAUUGUUGAAAUGAAAAUGUUGGCUGGAAAUGCCAAAAGAGAUAAAAAGGAACUGGAAGCUGCUGGAAAGAUUGCCACCGAGGCAAUAGAAAAUAUUAGAACAGUUGUGUCCUUGACCCAGGAAAGAAAAUUUGAAUCCAUGUAUGUCGAAAAAUUAUAUGGACCCUACAGGAAUUCUGUGCGGAAGGCACACAUCUAUGGCAUUACUUUUAGUAUUUCACAAGCCUUUAUGUAUUUUUCCUAUGCCGGCUGUUUUCGAUUUGGUGCCUAUCUCAUUGUGAACGGACACAUGCGCUUCAGAGAUGUUAUUCUAGUUUUUUCAGCAAUUGUAUUUGGUGCGGUAGCCCUUGGACACGCCAGUUCCUUUGCUCCAGACUACGCCAAAGCCAAGUUGUCUGCAGCCCAUUUAUUUAUGCUGUUUGAAAGACAACCCUUAGUUGACAGCUACAGUGAAGAGGGACUGAAACCUGAGAAGUUUGAAGGAAACAUAACACUGAAGGACGUCGUCUUCAACUACCCUACCCGGCCCAAUGUCCCUGUGCUCCAGGGCCUGAGCCUCGAGGUGAAGAAGGGCCAGACCCUGGCCCUGGUGGGCAGCAGUGGCUGCGGGAAGAGCACGGUGGUGCAGCUCCUUGAGCGGUUUUACGAUCCCAAGGCUGGGACAGUGCUCCUGGAUGACCAAGAAGCAAGAAAACUCAAUGUACAGUGGCUUAGAGCUCAAAUUGGAAUCGUGUCCCAGGAGCCUAUACUGUUUGACUACAGCAUUGCUGAAAACAUUGCCUAUGGAGACAACAGCCGGGUUGUGUCACAUGAUGAAAUUGUGAAUGCUGCCAAAGCAGCCAACAUACAUCCUUUCAUUGAGACGUUACCCCAAAAAUAUGAAACUCGAGUGGGAGAUAAAGGGACGCAGCUCUCAGGAGGUCAAAAACAGAGGAUUGCUAUUGCCCGGGCCCUCAUCAGACACCCUCAGAUUCUUCUGCUGGAUGAAGCUACAUCAGCUUUGGAUACAGAAAGUGAAAAGAUUGUCCAAGAGGCCCUGGACAAAGCCAGAGAAGGGCGCACCUGCAUCGUGAUCGCUCACCGGCUCUCCACCAUCCAGAGCGCGGACCUCAUCGUGGUGUUUCAGAACGGCAAGAUCAAGGAGCAAGGCACACACCAGCAGCUGCUGGCACAGAAAGGCAUCUACUUUUCCAUGGUCAAUGUUCCAGUUGGGACACAGAACUUAGAAACUUGUGACAGUGUACCUUAG